UCCAAGUCUUCAAAACUCUAGUCAUCCGUCCGCAGAAGAAAAUGAAACUGCAGGAGAAAUCGAUCGAUCUACGCAGUUGUGCAGUCUUAAUUUAAACAAUGCCAUCAAAACUUGUGAAACUGUUCCCAAGGCUACCAUUUUUUAGGAAGAAGGAAAGAGAGUGGUCGUACUACAAGAAUCUAAAAAAGCUAUUAGAGGAUCUCUUUGCUUCUGGCGAUGGCGAAUCUCAUCCUAUUCAUUGUUACUCUGCUGAUGACAUCAUCAGGGCAACCAACAACUUCCAUCCUUCUCGCAUUGUAACUAAGAGUUCAGGCUACAAAAUGUUCAGGGGACUUCUAGAUGGCCGAUCAAUUAUCGUUGCAAAGUACCGCCUUGGGAGCCGAAAGGAGGAUUGGGGCAGGUCUUGCGUUAUCCGUGACAUUGUCAUUUCAUUACAGAUGAGCCACCAUGAGAAUGUUUUGAAACUCUUGGGCUGCUGCUUAGAGUUCCCUAUACCAGUGCUAGUGCAUGAAUACGUAGCAAAAGGAGUUCUCAAUCCUGAUGGAAGUUUAAGAGGGGCUAAUGAAGAUCAAAUCAUACUACCAUGGAACAUUAGAUUGCGUAUUGCAAAGCAGGUUGCUAGUGCAGUUUCAUAUCUCCAUACCGCUUUUGCCGGACACAUCAUUUAUGUGGAUCUGAAACCCAGCUGCCUGUUCUUGGAUGAUGACUAUGUUCCCAAACUUUACGUCUUCUCGCACUCUAUAACCAUUCCUCCUGUGGAAUCGGAUGUUGAAGAUGAUGUGACUGGGACAAUUGGGUACAUUGACCCUGUCUACCUGUGGUGCAAAACUGAUAUUUAUAGCUUUGGUGUGCUCUUACUUGUAUUCCUGACCGGAGGAAAAGCUGUGGAAUCUGAUCAGGUAGAAGGAAUUGGCUCUUUGAUUUCAUAUGUUCAAGGUUGUCAUUGUCGACUUGAGGCAAUUGUUGAUCCAAAGAUCUAUGAGGAAGUGAGGCGAAAUGUGCAAGUACGACACCAGUUACAACACCAGUUGCAUGAUUUCCUAAACCUGGCAUUGUUGUGCAUUGACCGUAGAACUGAAGGCCGACGAUGUAUGGUGGAUGUGGCUAGAGCACUUAUUCGAAUUGAAGAGUGUAGGAGGAAAAGCGAUAGAGAAACAUUUUAAUAGGAGAGGAGAGAGGUUCUUAAACUUGAAAAGACUCUUCUGAUUUCUUUCACACAUCAAACUCAUAACACUACAUGACUUUUAUAGCCACUUCAAUACAUCAUCAUUUAUGUAGCCUAAUUAUAAGCUUCUUAAUAAUUGAAACAUCUAGAGAAAUCAUGAUUAACUCUAGAAAUUCCAAACA